CUUCUAGUACCCGGAAACAAAAAAAUCUUAACUUUAAUCAAACCUGGCGAUGGUUAUUACAUUGGUAAAGUUACUGCGAUGAAAAUCUGAGUGAAAGCCAAGAUCCGUACGGGCUCUGCAUGUUUUGCAGGCCCCAAUUCAAUCCAGGCCUUACCCUUUUGGCGAGCAAUUAAUCGCAUCGCAAACUCACCUACCCUUUUCUUCUUCACCUGCAAUGAAUCAGCAGUGACUAGUCAAAAAGAAGACAUUGCACAUAGGAACCAAAAGCCUAGGAAGCUAGCUAGAGACUGGAAGUUCUGAAUCAUGGACGGAGAAGAGAGAUAUUUCAUGGAAACCCCCAAAAGAGUUUUGAGAUGAGAAGAGCUUGGAGGCACAUUCAAUACCCCGCCCCAUAAACUGACAAACCCCAAAGCCAUUCUCUCGCUCUUUCUCUCCCUCUCCCUUUCAAUGCAUCAGCCACAUUUCUGGGCGACAUUCCAAGAAACACCCUCGAGCAGGAAGACGUAUCUUUGGUCGACACCUCCACGUCGAGGAAUGGAGAGAACCUGGCUUCUGGCUCUCUUCCUCCUCCAAAUCAUGCCCAAGGAGGAGGCUUUCGGCGUCGGAGCCGGAGCCGGUGUAGGCGUCGGCGUCGGGGGCGGGGGCGGGGGCGGCGGCGUCGUCUGGAUUGGUGGAGGAAUAAACAGCCCGCCAAACCCAAACCCGCCUGGGUCUUCUUCAUCGCCCAACCUCGAAGUGGCCUACAAUGCCCUCCAAGCGUGGAAGUCCUCAAUCACGGAAGACCCCCAGGGGUUCUUGCAGUCCUGGGUCGGUCCCAACGUGUGCUCCUACAGGGGGAUCUUCUGUGCAGAUUCCCAGGACAAUUUCCUGGAAAACAAUGGUCCUGUUCUCGCAGGCAUAGACCUGAACCACGCAAAUCUGCAGGGCACUCUGGUGGCAGAGCUGUCUUCCCUCACGGACCUGACCCUCCUCCACCUCAACAGCAACAGGCUCUCAGGCUCGGUCCCCAGCUCCUUCACUGGCCUCACCUCUCUCCAGGAGCUCGACCUCAGCAACAAUCGCUUCUCUGGCACAUUCCCGAGCUCGGUCCUUUCCAUGCCCAGCUUGCUCUACCUUGAUCUCAGGUACAACGGCUUCUCUGGGCCCAUCCCACCCGAGCUCUUCACCAAUGGCAAGCUUGAUGCAAUCUUGCUUAACAACAACCGCUUCGAUGGUGAUCUGCCCGAGACAUUGGGAAGCUCUCAGGCCUCCGUGAUCAAUUUGGCCAACAACAGGCUCAGUGGAAGCAUCCCGGCCACUCUCGGCCUCCCGAGCGGCAACAAGAUCAGAGAGAUCCUGCUCUUGAACAAUCAGCUCACCGGGUGCAUCCCCGAGGGGAUCGGGCUGUUCUCGGACAUGGAGGUGUUCGACGCGAGCUACAAUUCGCUGAUGGGUCACUUGCCGGACACCGUCUCGUGCCUCACCCAGAUCGAGGUCAUGAACCUUGGACACAACAAGCUGUCCGGGGUCUUGCCCGACGUCGUCUGCUCGCUCAGGAGCCUGGUGAACCUCACCGUGGCCUACAAUUUCUUCUCCGGGUUCAGCGAAGAAUGCACGACCCUCCCGUUCCGGAACGUCGGCUUCGAUUUCGCGGCCAAUUGCAUACCGAACCGGCAGAUGCAGAGGCCUCAGCCGGAAUGCUCGGUGAUCCCAGGAGGGGGUUUGAAUUGCCUGAGGAUCCCUGGCGCUGCUAAGUCUCUGGUUUGCGGGGCAAUCGGGGGGCUGUCGAGAACAGUUGGCGAUCUCGCCGGGACUGUCGGUGAUCUCAUCCCGGCAUCUCCAUGACGGAAGAGAUAGGGACAAAGAAAGAGAGUCUCCCAUUUUUGUUUUUGCAAAGAGAAGAGGUCGGUGAUGCCGGUGUCUCUGCAUGAAUUAGACUAUUUAGUUCUGUCGCUCAUCCUCUGAUGCAUCAACUCAUUAGUUCACGAUACCAGUACAUACGGUAGGUGAAGAGCAGUGUUUAUCUCUCUUCUUUCUAGGUGAAGUAUGAAGAUAGUUACCACAAAACCCAGAGUAACUGUCACAAUAAUUUCCCUCUACUCUGCUCCAAUCAAUUGAUCUCUUAUUACAAUCUGCCCACUUAAAUCUUCUCUGGAGUUGUCGCCGACUAUCUCGAGACUAUUUUUGC